AUGGCUGUGUCCCUGUCAGGUUUCCAGGUAGAGCUCAAGUGCCCCAUCUGUCUGGAUGAACUGUCAGAUCCAGUCACCAUGGAGUGUGGACACAACUUCUGUCAUACCUGCAUCCAACACUCUUUGAAAAAUCUGCAAGGCAGUUUCCCCUGUCCUACCUGUCGACACUCAUGCCAAGACCCGAACCUCAGGAGUAACAUUCAGUUGGGAAGGAUGAUUGAAAGAACGAAGCAGCUCUACAGCAUCAGUGGAAAGAGGAAGAGGCAGGAACCCAGGACCACGUGUGUGAAGCACAAGCAGGAUCUGACCCUCUUCUGUGAGGAGGACCUAGAGCUUCUGUGUGAACUCUGCACUGGGCCAGAUGGUCACUGUGGCCAUCAGGUGAUGCCCAUUGCAAAGGCUGCCGCUCACCACAGGGAGAAGAUCCAAGGCUUCAUCAAGCCCUUGAAGAGAAAAGUCAAAGAGGCUCAAAAGUUAGUAAGCAUUCAGAGCAGAAGACCCCUGGCCCUGAGAGAGGAGGUGGAAGCACGGAGACAGGAACUGGCUGCUGAAUUUGAGCGACUCGAUUGGUUUUUAGACAAGGAACAGCAGACAGCUCUCUCCAGGUUAGCCCAGGAGGAGAAGGAGGGUGAGAAGAAACUCAGAGAAAACACGAGAGCUUUUGCAAACUACGGAUCCACGCUCAAAGGUCUGCUGAGCCAGGUGGUGAGGCACAGGGCGCUGUCUGAAGGAGAACUGCUGUCAGAAGUCAAAAAUUUCUACAAGAAUUCUGACAGUCUGAUCAGCCCACACAUCUUUUCAGUGUAUUUACAACAAGAGGCAUACUAUCUUCCUCCCCAGUACUCUGCCCUACAAAAACUUAUAGAGAAAUUCUCAGAGGAUAUAAUUCUAGACCCGGAAACAGCCCAUCCAAACCUGGUCAUCUCUGAGGAUAAAAAAUGUGUGAAAUUUUCUAAGAGAAAACGGCGUGUUUCUGAUUCAAAGAAUAGGUUUACUAACAGCCCUGUUGUGCUGGGGACUUCAAACUUCCUUUCGGGGAGACAUUUCUGGGUGGUGCAGGUAGGAAGGAAGGGGGAGUGGGCUGUUGGUGCCUGCGUAGCCCACCUGUCCCCGCGGGCAAGGAAGUCCUCCAUCCCUCAGGGGUGCUGGAGGAUUGUGUGGCAGGGUGAAGGCUGUGAAUCCCCAGAUGUUGACUCAGAUGCUAUGCUGCAGGCUGUCAGAGCUGGGUUCAUUGGCAUUUUCCUGGACUAUGAGUUGGGGGUGAUCUCCUUCUAUAGCAUGCCUGAGAAGUCUCACAUCUGUACCCACAGGGGCGUCUUCUUUGGGUUUCUUUGUCCUUAUUUCUAUGUAGGACCCGAUUCAGGACCUCUUAGGAUCUGUCCUGGCAUAGAUUCUGAGUAAAAACUGGUUUUAUUUAACAGUUGGUUUUUUUUUUUUUAAAUGCUCUCAUGUUGUCUAGGUUGGCUCCAAGCUUGUUAUAGCUGAGGAUGACCUUGAACUUGAACUCAUGAUCUUCCAGUCAACUGCUAGGA